GCAGCAGCAGCUCCUCCAGCGGGCUGGCGAGGGACGGGGACGGGCGUCGUCGUCGCCCUUGGGUGCUCCGCCAGCAGCCCGAGCAGCUCCCCUAACCUGCCCGCCGGUCCUUUCCCCCUCACCCACCCACCCGGCGCUUCCCCCCGAAGAAUGUCCGCCAAGUCCAAGGGGACCACCUCCUCCUCCUCGGCCACCUCCUCGUCCGUCUCCUCUCCCGCCGAAGGAGUGCCGGCGGCCUCCAAAACCAAGGUGAAGGAACAGAUCAAGAUCAUCGUGGACGAUCUGGAAUUAGUCCUGGGCGACCUGAAGGACGUGGCGAAGGAGCUGAAAGAGGUAGUUGACCAGAUUGACACAUUGACUUCUGACCUGCAGCUGGAAGAUGAGAUGACUGACAGUUCAAAAACAGACACAUUGAACAGCAGCUCAAGUAGCACAACGGCAUCAAGUCUGGAAAAAAUCAAGGUGCGAACCAAUGCACCACUCAUCAGGCCUCCAGCCCAUCCAUCUGCCAUUCUCACUGUACUAAGGAAGCCCAAUCCACCUCCACCUCCUCCACGGUUGACUCCUGUGAAGUGUGAAGAUUCUCACCGGUCAUUUACUCCUGCCAACCCUGUAAAGACUAAUGGGACUCUGUUACGAAAUGGAGGUUUACCAGGGGGACCAAAUAAAAUUCCAAAUGGAGAUAUAUGUUGUAUGUCUAAUAGUAACGUGGACAAAGUUCCAAUGCAACCUCUGAUGCACAGAUCUGAAAAGGACAGGUGUCCUCAGCCUGGAACACGAGAACGGGUACGAUUUAACGAAAAUGUGCAGUACCAUGGCUAUUGUGCAGAUUGUGAUGUCCGAUAUAAUAUUAAGAACAGGGAGGUCCAUUUGCACAGUGAACCUACUCAUAUGCCGGGAAAGCUUCCUCCCCAAUGUCCUCCCUUACCACCUCCACCUCCUCCACUUCCUCCUUUUCCGUUAGAAAAUGGAGGGGUGGGAAUAAGCCCUAGUAGUAGUUUUCCCCCACUCAGACCUGCAACUGUGCCUCCACAAACUGCACCAAAACCCCAGAAGACCAUCUUGAGGAAAUCGACCACUACAACAGUGUGAUGUCCCACUUGGAAAACUUUGUGGUUUUUUUUUUCUUAUGUAUGAACAUAAAAAAGAGGUAAUGAGCACUUUCUACUCAAGCAAUAAAAAGCCCAAAUAUAUUACACCCCUUCUUCUGUGAAGUGGCAUAAAAAUUAUAUGCUCCUUCAAGCUGGAAGGAAUGUCAGCAUUUGGAGGCAUGUUAACCAGUUCUCCCCAUGACAGAUUUGACCCUGCAACUUCUUUUAGGCCAUAUUUGAUUACAGCAACAGGGACCCUUCUCAGAGCAUGGAAACCCUUGAGCCUGAGCACAACUGAUCACUGGUGCAACCUACAUUAAACCACUGGCCUCAUCUCUAAAAGCUGCGAGCAGAGCCCUGACAAAAGCCACAGCCUUAAGUACCAUUCACUCUGACUGAUGAAAAAAGAGGAGUUGCUUUCUUGCCCCUGUACAGAAAGAGCCAUUGCCAAGGACUGCUGUUAAAGGAGUUCAAUGCUAAGAAUCAAGAAGAGCUAACAAAAAUGAUGUGGUCUAGCUAAUGCCCAAGAUUGUGUUUGGAAAUAGAUGAACAAAAAUGUGAAGCACUUGAAUGAAUCCAGAGAAAUCUAUAUAUUUACUCCCUUCGG